GUGUUAGGGAAUCGAAGGUUGCCAAUUCUUUUCACCUCUCCAUCUUCCUCUUGAGGUCAGAUGUUGAUGACCGUGACUUCCACAGCCACAUUAGUCGAACCCCCAACAGUUGCACUAUAUAGCAAGUCCUCAACGCCAUCCUCCAUCCUUGUCAUCAACCCAAGCCGAGAGAGGAGCCUCACCAGAGAGAGAGAGAGAGAGAGAUGGCAGAAGAGUUCCGGCCAGGAACAUGCAGUGGAGGAAGCUGGUGGACGGCAGCUGAGUUGGUCGAAGCUAAAGCUCGGUCCUUCGACGAGUCCGCAGGGUCGGCCUGUGGCAGCUCAAUCACUUUCCAAGAGACUCAUAAGAUGCAACACCCCGACGGUGGACUCUCGCCUUCUUCCAUGACUUGGACUCAAGCUUUGCUGAACGGUGCCAUGCCGCAAGAGGAUCUCGGUUCGAGACCUACAGGCGGUGAGAGCUCGACAUCGAAUCCAUACGGUGACAUGAGCCAGAACUUGUUGUUGCAGCAGCAACAUCAUUUGAGCGAUGUUGGUGGCGGCUAUCAGAUCAUCACUCCCGCCUCCUAUGCAAGCUCGUCGAUGAUGUUGCAAGAUCUACUUGAAUCCGAGACGAAGCAGCAGCAGUUCAUCUAUGACGGUCGAGUGAGGAAUCAGUACCAGUCUCCAAUGUCCGCCGAUGGGGGAAGCUCAGAUGAGCUAUGGCAGCCUUCAUGGCUUUCCCACCUGCUAAAAUCCUCGCUGUCCAACAACACACCCUCAUGGAAUGCCUCCGCCAGUGAUAUGAGGCCAGUUUUCCGUUCUCCGACGCCUUCCAAGUAUGUCAUGCAGCCAUCGGAGCCCAAAAUUGUUUGCGGUAGCACGCUCACAGCUAAGCAGAUGGAGUCAUCAGGAGGAGAUCGAGACUCAUGUUCUUCCUCGACCAAGAAAACUGGAAGCGAGGCUGCAACCAAAAAACCCCGGAUAGAGACGCAUUCGCCAUUACCGACUUUUAAGGUGAGGAAAGAGAAACUAGGGGACAGAAUCACUGCUCUCCAGCAACUAGUUUCACCUUUUGGAAAGACUGAUACUGCCUCGGUUCUCCAAGAAGCCAUUGAAUACAUUAAGUUCCUUCAUGACCAAGUCGGUGUUCUAAGCAGUCCCUACUUUAAAAAUGGGCAGCCCAUGAAGCCAAAACAGAUACCUGAGGAAUCCAAGGAUUGCGAUGAACCGAAGCAAGACCUUAGAAGCCGAGGACUGUGUCUGGUUCCUGUCACGAGUACGUACCCGGUGGCAAGCGAGACCACAACUGACUUCUGGCACCCUACGCUCGGAGGAACCUUCAGAUAGAGAACAGCUACAGGGUUCUGAAGAGAGAUAGGAGGAUGAAGCCUCUCUCUGAGCAACAACGUCUCGCACUUGCAUGCAAGGAAAGAUAAGAACUGCAGUGUGCUCUUAAUUAGGACCUCUAUAGCAGUAUGGAAAGAGAAACAACUCCAUUAAGAGAAGAUACAGCAAGAAGUGACCUUAUUGGCCCAGCUACAUGGAGAACAGAGUGAGAAGCUGACCAUCAAAAAGAGAGAGAGAGAGAGUGUGUGUGUGUGUGUGUGUGUGUGUGAUCAUAACAAUAUAGUAUUUUAUGAGAGGGUGGACAAGAAAUAGGAACAGGUGCUUGCUGAAUUUAGCAGAAGGGAAUGAGGAGGGGUGGAUGGGAAAAGGAUGGUGGGUUUUGUUCCUGUUUGAGGUGUUGACAGUUUUCUUUUCUUAUAGAAAAGAAAUUGAACAGCAUUAAGGAAUAAUUGAGAUGAGGGAUAUAUAGGGGCAUGUGUGUUCCUUAUUUUGUUCUGGGGAUCCUAACUUUUGAUUGAUUUGAAUGCUCUCAUGGAGGGGAGAGGUGAUGAUGGCCCCCCUUCCAAUCUCACUCUUCCUUUUGACUAUGAUCAUGCUGGAUUUUAAGGGUUGGAAAACCAUUUUAUUCUUUGGCAGAAGCACACAGUUGCAUGUAUUUUAUAUUCUGUAGAUAUACAUGUGUUGACAUGAAAAACUUACUGCUGCUUCCUGACCUCAAAAACAUGUUGAGAAGGCAAUGAUGAAACUUUUGUAAUGAAACAAACAAUACAAGCUUUUGGUGUUUGCUCAA